UGUAGGUCAGGCAUAAGGCUUUUCCAAGGAACCCCAGUGAAUGAUUCGUAUAUUUUUUAUGUUAUCUGUAUUUUUACAUUUAUACCAAUAUUUAUUGUGAUGACAAAAGUAGCAGCACCGAAAACUUUGGUCGACGAUUUUACUUCACCAAUUUUGUUCUUCUAAUUAAUAGCAGUGUGUUAUGAAGUUGACGGAAUGUUAUUAUUAAGUUAUCGUCCUUAAACAGUGUAUAUACUUAUUUAAAUCGUUGAACAUAACAGAAGUCACUUAUUAGAUUGCGAUGUGAGCUGACAUGUCUUUAGAUGUUUGCUUUGUCGAUGUCCAAUGUGAUCGCGAAGAAAAUCUAAUUGUUAUGUAGGCUCAAUUGAGCAUUAAAGUAUAAAUAUACCACAAUGCCUGUUCAGCAAAUUAAUGUGAAAAACUCGUCGGAUAUUGAAAGUUGGGAAUGGGGAGGUGGAUGUGGUAGAGAAGUGAUACGGACGGGGUCAGGGAGCAGCCGCACGUCAUGUAGUAACUCCAGCGGAGAUAUUUGCCGCAUAUGCCACUGCGAGAGUGAGCCUCACAACCCUCUGCUAGCACCGUGUUAUUGUUCAGGAAGUUUGAAGUAUGUACAUCAGAGUUGUUUACAACAGUGGCUCACUGCAUCGGAGACGAGGUCUUGUGAACUCUGCAAAUUCAAUUUUAUCAUGCACACCAAAAUAAAGCCAUUUAAUGAGUGGCGUCUACUGGAGAUGUCGGGCGUGGAACGUCGCAGACUAUGCUGUGCAGUACUGUUCCACUGCGUGGCGGCUCUCUGCGUCAUGUGGUCCCUCUUCGUACUUAUUGAGCGGGCCGUGGAAGAGGUCAAUCGGGGAAUGAUUGCAUGGCCAUUUUGGACAAAGUUGGUAGUAGUUGCUGUGGGGUUCACUGGCGGCGCAGUUUUUAUGUACAUACAAUGCCGACAGUACCUCCAUCUUUGUAACCGUUGGCGAGCUCACAACAGAAUACUGUUAAUUCAAAACGCGCCCGAGAAAAUACCGAUCGGAAGCGGGUCGCCCCCGGUGCGGGUGAAGCGGCGCGAGCGCGCGGCGCGGGGGCAGGUGGUGGCCAACAUCGAGCCGCCGCCGCCGCCCGCCGCCUACCACGAGGAGGACGAGAGCGGCGGCUUCGAGACGUACCGCGGCAACCCGCACCGCCGCCUGUCGGGGCUGGCCGAGCCCGCGCCGGCGCCCGACGAGCGGCGCUACUCCGACACGCGCCUGCCGGCCGAGGUGAGUGCCGCGCCCGUGUACCACAUCAGCGUGGACCCGCUGGAGGCCGACAUCCGCUCGCUGCUGGCGCUGGAGGCGCGGCGCGAGGCGCGGGCGGCGCGCUCGCUGCCGUGCCUGCGCGCGAGCAGCGAGUCGCUGCUGCCGCCCGGCGCCCGCUCCGCGCCCGCGCCGCCCGCGCCGCCCGCCUCCUGAGGCCCGCUGCUGCUGUACCCCGACGACACGGUGUACUAGCGGCCCGCGCCUGCGACGACCAUCUGUAAAUACUGAUCAUCAUAAUAAUAGUACGUCGGAGCCGGCCAUCGCCGCCCGAUAGAUACUUAUUCCUUAUCCUUGCAUUUGUAUCAUAACGUCCAUGUGUGCAUAGCGUAAACAAAAUUAACUCCAUGUUUUUUCCGUGAUAGUAUCUAGGUAGUUAAGAUUUGACAGUAGACAGCUUGCAAAGUAUAAAAAUAGUGUAAUACUGAUGCCAGGGGUAAUAUCAUGUACCUUGUAGAAAAUUCUCCAUAUACUUAACUAACCAUAAAACAAUUCAUCUUCAAUGUAAGACUGUCAUUCCAAAAACUCUAUAAUAUAAACCUCCACGUUGCUGACGUCCAUUGGCUAAAUAUUACUGGUACAUAUUAGGUACUAGUAGUAACGAGUUAAUUACCCAAAUAUUAAAUCGAAACAUGAAUCGCAAAGCACGGACGAGAGAACGGAACCUGUAUUUUAGCUGAAACCUAUGCUAGUACCAACAUCUGGCUUGUGUAUAAUUUGAGAAUAUCAGUUCCAAACAUUUUCUUGAGCCUUUGAACGCACUCUCGCUAUGCUUUGCGAUAAUGGUUUUUAAUACUAAAUACCUACUUUAAUAAGCUUUACGUAUUUAGAAUCUUAAUCUGCUAGAAUAACCAAAUUAGAUACUGAGCUGACGAUAGAUAGUACUAUCAAAAAGAAAAGUGAGUUUUAAAUUUUCCAACGUUUAAAUGUAGCAUAUCUUACAAGCUUAUUCCAUAGGUAUGUGAAUAACGAGUAUGAAUUUAUGUAAUUGCGGUGUAAAAUAACCUUAAAUAUAUCGUAAAUUUUGCUUCUUCGCUCAAAAAGUUGUUUAAGGAUAGUUAUGGUUGAAAUCUUUAGAAUACGCCAGACCUAUCGUUAAAUCACAUUUUGUCAUAAGAGGUCAGUGUUUUUUACAUAAACAUUCGAAGAGCGAUUUUUUGGUCCCUUCAUCAUUGUAUUAUAUUCAUUAAGGUACAUCUGAAACUGAUGAUUGUAAAACGACUCUGAUCAGGAUAAAUGGAAAGAUUUUUAAAAUGCACGGUCAAGUUUGCUUACACUAUGAACAUUUCAUCAGUCAGGGAACCUAUACCAUCAUGUGGCACUUAAUGAUCUUUAAAAUACUAACACUUACAUAAAAUUUCCAAGCUUCAAAGCUUACAUUCUUACAAUAAAGCUUACAAAGGUAUAUUGAUAACCCAGGACAUUUCGCCACCCUACUACCAAAAAGCAGAUAAGGGUUGAUAAUGUAGAAAGAACCGCCACAAUAUAUUUGAAAAUUCAUAACGCAGUAAUAUCGAUAAAAUACAAUAGAUUACAUAGAUAUUCUUUUUGUCCUUUAGCAUACACAACCGUGAAUUUAUACUCUUUUAUAGUUAUCGGCAUGAAUCUUGAGCUCUAACCUACAUCUGCGAAGAAGUGAUUUAUUAGCAAAGAACCAAUCCCGAGUGACGGCCAUGACGCGAUGCACUGCGGGCCAAUCACCGCUUUAGCCCGCCCCCGAGCCUCACUUCAUACCACAAAAGGGACCCAAUAAAUUACUUCUGCGCAGGUGAAGGUCAGAGCUCAAGAUUCGUGCCGAUAACUAUACUCUGUUCUAGAUUAAUUGUCAAAGUUUAUUUACUACGAGAUCAAGUCGCGAGUCGAAGUAAAUUAUUUUUAGUUACUUAGAUGAUGAGAAUUAGCUUAGGUGACCAAUUCACUGCCACUUAUAGAUGUAUAUUAUUAAUUCUAAUCUUGAUUAAUAGUGGCUUCUAAGUAAUGGUCAUCAGAAACCCGCUAAUGUCACGUACUGAUAGAUCAUCAAGUUGAUAAGGUGAGAAAAUAAAAUGUCCCAUUAAGUAAUCAUUUUUUUUAAUUAAAACAUUUUACUAUACUUUGAGUUGAAAGUUCAACUAGGAUACAAAUACGAAAAUUUACCGGUGCGUCACAUUGGACUGAAAAAUAAGUUUGGUAAAAAGUUUUUGAAGGAUUUGGUCUCAAAUAUUCCUGUGAAAUUGUGGCGCAAGCACUUAACUACAGAUUUGUAUAAACUUAAUUGUUGUUGUAAUUAAAUCCAAAAUCUGUCUAAAUUAUCCUGUUAUUUUCGAUUUAGACUUUUUCAUAAUAUUUAUUUAUUAGAUAAUUUUGGGUAAAUAAAAUUGUAAUAGUACAGUGUAAUACAUAUACAGUAAAGAAUAGAAUCUCAAUAAACCAGACAAGUUGUAAGCUCUCUUUAUUCUGAGAUUAAUAACAAAAUGAAGUUUAGUGAAACACGUAAAUAUGCUAAUGUUAUCGAUAUGUCAUGCAUAUUUUUGGCUAUUUAUCCGAGCCUAAACGCGUGUAAGACUUACUUGAAGAGAUAUUGCUGCUUCGCACUAAAUGUUAUUACGAAAUAACUAAGUCCACAAUUCAUUGUCACUGUACUUUAGAUUUGAUUUAUCUAGUCACUGCUGGGAACGCUUUCUGUGACUAAAUUAAAUCUGUUAGAAUUUCACUGCCAUUGGAUUGAAGCUGCUUAGAAAAUCGUAGCUAUAUGUUGUUGAUUGCUAUUCAUACCAUGUAGUACACCAUACCUCUUCUUGAGUAAAUUAUUUAGUAACAUGUAUCGCGGCUUCCAAUCGUAAGGAAAAUUUCUCCCUAUUUCUACCAUAUUUAUCCGAUUUAAGAUUUUAUCUAUCUAUCCGUCAUUCCCGCCGAUUGUUUUUGUAAUAUGAGAAAUACUACAAAGUGCUGUCACAUAAAAUUCAAUGUUAUUGCUUUGUUAAGUUUAUAAAAGUGCAAUAUUAGAUGUGUCCGAGCUUUUCUAGAGAAGCUCCCAUUAUUGAAUUACUGGCUUAACAAUGAAGAAAAUAAACUGCAAACAGGAACACAGUUUUGUGUAUAAGCUUCAUACUUUCAUCUCAGUUAUAUGUUUGGUAGGCACACUUCGUUGACAAUAUCGUUUAUUCGGCACUGCUUGUGCGAUUAGUUAAGGAAUUAUGUUAGUGUUGACUUGUUUUUAAUGUCUUAUACAAUAAUUAUUGCCUCAUUAUGAACACAAACAUGACAUCGAUGGUUUCCAAGAUCCGUUUUGUGGUUGUCAACUAAGAAAAAUGUUAUGUCUUUCCCAAUAAAUAGAAACAUGCUAACUUUAUUGUAAUCUUAAAUAUUUGACUAUAAUUUUGGUCGUAAUCUUUGUAUAUCUUUGACUUUGUAAUUGUUGUAUAGUGAACUCAUUGAAAGUAUAAAAAUAUCAAUUUGUUUCCAAUGAAGUUCAAAAAUAAAAUUCAUGUUUGUUUAAGGUUUACCGUGGUGCCAUGUAUCUUUUCUUUUUUAACAAUUAAUCUAUUUUUCUCUCUAAUUAACUAUUUUUUGUCAUCUACCUAUACCGCACUAGUGUUUUUGUUUUCGUACCAUUUUCAUACUUAGAUACUAAUAUAGGUUAAUCAGAAAUGUAUUCGUUUUGGUAGCCAAAAGUGGCAAAGUUGAAAUAGUUAAUAUAGUUAGCCUUGUAUUCAUUGUUACUUAAGUACGUAAUCGGUUAUAUUGGACAUGAGUACUACCGGUUAUUUAACAAGUUCAAAAUUAAACUGGAGUCUUUUAGUGAAUACAUUAAUUAAAAAGUAAACAUCGCUAAUUGAAAUUUUAGAUAGAUAGUGUUUAAAUAAAAUAGUUCGGACUUUGGUGCUAAUUAAAAAUGAAUAUCAGUCCAAAAAUUAGGUAACAUAUAUUUUAGUACGCCGUAAUUAGUUGUUGAAAUAUCAUAAAGUCAGUCCUCGUUGGGUCGGUAUUUAUAACGACGUGUUUAUUUCCAGAGUUAAACACGCAUACUUACUGAAAGCAAUCACUGAGCAUGAUAUUAUUUUUGUAUGAUCUAUGAACAGACAAACCAAACAGUUCACUGUUACGGCAUACGAGUGUGCCAUAGCUAAGCAUUUUAUCUGAUUUCAAUAUUUUAGUAUCUGCCUUCAACAAACACCUUGAUUUACAUAAAUGACUUUUCAAUACAAAUCUGUACAAACUAGUCGUUUAUCUAGAUACGUGUAUGUAUAUAAACUGCAUUUUUUUACUCCUUUUCUGUUUCUGUUAAUAUUGUAACACAAUCGUCUAUUUUGUCUCAAUUAUAUUAGCUACUUUACUCGUAUUAAUUCUUCAUUGUAUAUUGUAAAUUAAUUGUAUAAUGGCUAAAAAUAACUAAGGUAUGAUAAUGACCGGUCAGUCUGUGGUAAGUAAAAUAAUAAGUGAUGAUUUGUAGGGUGCUUGGAGAUGUAUCUUAAUGUUACAUGCAGGUUACGCACUUAAUUUCGUGUACUUACGUUGUGUUUACAUAUCACAUAUUAUCGAACAUUAAGGACUAACGCUCUUGUAAAUAUUUGCUUGAAAAAUUAUAAAUGUACGAUCUCAAAGGCUUGUAACAUGUAUCCAUCUCCAUGAGUCUCGCGUGCUACGAAAGCUUAUUCCAAAGAAUCUUUUCAAAAUUGAAAUAAAGUAGUGCCUUAUUUGAUGUUCUUUCAGUUUUGUUUUACGUACCCAAUUUGUGAUGCAUCAUUUAACGGCUACUUGAAUUAACUUACUGGAUCGGAGUCAUAGCGAUUACUGCGUGAUAAGGUUGCACGUGCAGUGCACGUCGGCGGUGAUCGUCAAUGAUGUCCGAUGUGAACACAAUUUGUUUAAUUAGGUGUAGAUAAUUUUCUUAGCACGAGACGUCACCCUGUUGGUAUAAUGUGAUUGUGAUAUAAGUUAUUAGUGUUAUUUGUUUGCUCAAAAUUACUUUCUCCUUUCGAUCUGUGUACUUAUGGUUCAUGAAAUUUGUAAGACUGUAUUUUAUUUUGUUGUGUAAACAUCGUUAGUAAACUUCGGGUUAUGAAUAUAGUUAUUUUGAAAUUAA